AUGAUGUCCACUGAGCAAAUGCAGCCUCUGGAGCUCUCAGAAGACAGACUAGACAAACUAGACCCUCGUUACAGCCACUUAGAUGAUCUUUCAGACCAGUUCAUUAAGGACUGUGAUCUCAAAAAGAAGCCAAGAAAGGGAAAGAACACACAGGCCAACCUGAAUGUUGAGUCAGACCAAAAAAAACCAAGGAGGAAAGAUACACCUGCCCUGCACAUCCCACCUUUUAUACCAGGUGUGAUUUCAGAACAUCUAAUUAAAAGAUAUGAUGUUCAGGACAGACGUCCAAAGGGCAAAAUAAACCCAGCUCUUCAUAACUCUGACCUGGAACAGAAAAGGCCAAGGAGAAAAGACACACCUGCCCUGCACGUGCCCCCCUAUGCAGCAGGUGUGAGACUGCUCAGGGACCAGAGACCCAAAGCGAUUGUGGAAGAUGACGAAAAGGAUGGUGACAAGAUAGCUAUUUAAAGAUAUUUCCCCUGAGAUCACUUGUAAAUAGGUUAGAUUGGUUCCCUAUGGUGACCUAGGGAAAAAAAUAGACUUGUUUCUGUUUGCAUUUUGUCCUAGUCUGACGUUCAGAUCUAGACACCU